UUCUGCGUUUACAAAGCUAGAGAGCAUUUUCGAGCGGAGGAACUCUUUGUUCCUUUUUUUAUAAAUCGGUGUUUUUAGAUGUUUCUCCUUUAUCAAAUCAUGGCUGUUAGUUUUCUAUAAAGUUUAGCGAUCGAUUUAGUAAAAUAUUUUAUACUAAAAGUUGAUGUGUAUAGCGCCAAUAGUAAUUUCUCUGAAGGCUAGUUAUUUCCUAAAAUCACAAUGACAUCUGGCAACAACAUUGAAUCAGAAUACCUGGAGCUGAAUUCCAAAAAUGAGUGGCAAAUUCUUUAUCAGAAAAUUCGGUCCCAAAGCUAUAAAGACAAUAUGUGUUCAGAAGCUACCAAACCACAAAAUAAAAUUUUAAACAGGUAUAGAGAUGUAAACCCAUACGAUCAUAGCAGAAUAGUGUUAACCAGAGGGUCGACAGAUUAUAUUAAUGCUAACCUUGUUAAGGUUGAAAGAGCAAAUAGGCACUAUAUACUUACACAAGGGCCUUUAAGUAAUACAUAUAGUCAUUUUUGGUUAAUGAUUUGGGAACAAGAUACGAAAGCUGUAGUAAUGUUGAAUAAGUUGGUAGAAAAAAAGCAAGAUAAAUGUUAUCAAUAUUGGCCGUCCAAAAUUGGUCCAGAUCACAUAAUGAAACUUGAAGACGUCGGACUAACCGUAGAAUACGUAGAGCAGCAAGAUCAUUCUUAUUAUCUCACCAGAGUCCUUCGACUGACGGACACAGAGAGCGGCAAAUCUCGUGAUAUAUUGCAAUAUCAUUAUACGACAUGGCCCGAUUUUGGAGUACCAAGUUCGCCAACUGCCUUUUUAGAGUUUCUUAAGAAAGUACGAGAUGCAGGAGUAUUGGAGGCAGAUGUUGGACCUGCUGUAGUUCAUUGUUCCGCUGGAAUCGGAAGAUCAGGGACUUUCUGUUUGGUUGACUCUUGUUUAAUUUUGAUUGAGAAAUAUGGUUUAAAUUCCGUCGAUCUUAAAGAAAUUCUAUUAGAAAUGAGGAAAUAUCGAAUGGGUUUAAUCCAGACUGCUGAGCAGUUGCGGUUUUCAUAUCAAGCCAUCAUAGAAGGAACCAAGCAGAUCCUCAAUCAAAAUUCGGAUGGUGGUGGGGAAAACCAUAUAGUAAUAACGAACAACAUAUCCCCUAAUGUGUCUGAAGAAAAUUCAGAGUCAGAAGACGAACCACCACCACUACCUCCUCCUCGAUUGGACAGCCUUAACAAACCCAAUGGAACACCUCUCGACAGACCUCUUCCACUUAUCCCGAAAAGUAUAUCAGAAGAAAACGGAUGGAAUUACGAUAGCAAACAAAAUGGCGAAGACGAGGCUUAUAUUCCCAGUGGUCCAUUGCCAGUAGUACCAGCUGAUGAAGAACUUAGCGAGGAAGAUGAGCUCGAGGAAGAAGAUGAUGAUGAAGAUGUGAGAUCAGAAAGUCCUGUAUCAGAUCAAUCUGAUCUAACGAACUCUAAAGACAAUUCACAAUCGGAAUUGAGACAACGAAAUCGACAAGAAAGGAAAGAAAAGCUGGAAGCCCAAGUGAGAGAUAUGAAACGUCGCCAACAAGUCAACGAACAGUGGACACAAUUGAAGAGGUCUUUAUACUUACCUUUAGUUAUAGGAGGCUCCCUGCUGUUAGGCGGGGGCCUCAUUGCUUACUUUUAUUUCAAAGAUUGAACAAAGUAUCCGCACUUUUUGUAUUUAUUAUUUACCAGCUGAUUUACUUUGUUAAGUUUAGAAAAAUUGGGGUUAUCGCAUUUGUUUUUUUGUUCAAAGUAUUUUUUAUUUUUUCUUUUUGUUUUUUGCCCUCUUUUAGGCAAAAUCCCAGAGUUCGGCUUGACGAUUAUUUUCGGGGCAGCAUUUCGGUUUAAUUUUUACCCCCAGGAAACGAAGCCGAAAAACACUUGAAAAUGAAAAAAUUACUGGGCGCUUUUUUUGAACUGGAAUAUCUUAGGCAGGUCAAUAGAAAAGGCGUGCCAUCUCAUUUAUUGCGUCAUGGUUUUUUUAUUAACACUUAAGCAAAAAAAGCGACUUUUUUAUUGUUUUCAAUAUUGUGUAUGAUUUUAGACGAAAAUUUUCAACAGAUGACUUUCUUAAAAAACUUCUUCUUUAAAGUAAGAUUUUCUAAAUUAAAAAAUGUUUAUAAAUAUUCGGGAAUAUUCCUCCGCUCCGAAUUUAUAUUUGUACUGUAAUUUGAUUUGAGUAUAACUUCUAAUCUUCUAUUCACAUGUCUUGUAGUUAUUAUACGAUAUUUGAAAUAAAUUUACGAUAAUAAAUUUUCAAUUAAUACUAGAAAGAACCAAAUUUAGUUUCAUUCCGUAGAUUUGGCAACAGCGCCUUCGAAUAUCGAUCAUUUCUACCUGUUACCAGGUCUGACCGUGCAACCAUUUCGGGUUUUAAGGUCGCUUUUUUGCUUAAAUGUUAAUAAACAACCAUGACGCAGUAAAAAUUCCGAUACCCACGAGACUUCCCGCAGAUAUUUCAGUUAAAAAAUAGUAGCUAGUAAUUCUUCAAAAUGGGGGUUUUUCGAAAAAUUAAAAUAACUUUUGAGAUAUCAUUCCUUUAGGUUAAGGUAAUCAAGUAGUGUUUCACAAAAAAUAGUUUUUUAAUACAUUUCGACAAUGCAAACACUGUUUUAGCCGCUAUAAACAGUAGACAUUUGAGACUUUUACUACUUAGCAGUUACAUGCUAGUAGCCUGUUGUGCCUUAAAUUAAUUUUUCAUUAAGUUCCUCUAAAAAAAGACAUAAAUCUUCUAUAUAUUUAGACGACUAUAUAAAUAUUUAUUUUUUAAAACAUUUAGGAUAGCUAUAUUUGAAAGUAAUAUAUUUUAGUGUUAACUUAUUUUGUUUUCAUAUAGUAGUGUGUGGAGUAUGUCUUGUACAUUUUUUAAGAAAAUUAUGAUAUCGUCUCGUACGGAGGAAAUGUGUGUAUAUUGUGAAGGGUUCCAUGACAUCUCGUAACGCGACAAUUCGUAACCCCACAAUUUCGUAACAUCGACAGUUAGUAUCUAUAACUCCUCGUAACGGUAUAACUCGUAACGCCAACAUUUAAUUUCUUUUAGUAAAUUUAGCAUUACUCAAUGUAUAGAAUGAACAUAUUUUGGAUACUUUCCUUUACUAAAAGUCGUAGUACUUUUUUUAAAUAUGUUUAUAACAACUAAAGAAUAUUUUUUUUAGUUUUUCAUCCUGAAUUAUCACAUUAAAUUAGUAAAACUACUGUCACGGGUAGAUUUUAUUUGUUUUAAGGUAUAAAUUUUGGAAAUAUAGUUCUCCACGAAAUAUGAAAUGUGUUAAAAAUGUUUAUCCUGAUGCUGGUUCGUUAAAUUGAUAAACGUAAUUUCAAUUGCAACUGUAAUAAAAAUUAGUUUCCAUGUUAACAAAAAUAAACAGAGUAAUUCAAUUUUGACGUUACGAAUUGUGGUAGUUACGAAUGUCGGUGUUACGAACUGUCGCCGUUACGAAUUGAGGGCGUUAUGAGUUGUCCGUUACUAUUUGUGGAUUUUACUAACUGUCACUUACCAGAUAUCACGAUUGUGAAGAAUAGUUUCAAUGCUUUAGCUUCGUUUCUAACAAUCAAGGUUGAAGAUCAGUUCUAAAUAUCAACUUAAAUUGAAAAGGCGCUUUCAAAAAAUUAACAAACUUGUGACAGUUUACUUUCAUGAAUAAUAAUAAUUGGAAUUAAGCACAUUGUCUACGUUGGUGCUGCAUGUUAGAAGACAUUUUCAAAAUAAUUGUUUUGUGUAAUUAGACACAAAAAGUUGGAAACAUUUGAACUGUGGGUGUAUAGAAGUAUCCUGAAGAUAUCAUGGACCGAGCAUGUAGCAAACAACGAAGUCAUGAGAAGAGUCAACAAAAGACCAUCAACCAUUGGAAACCAUCAAGACACGAAAGCUGCAAUACCUGGUGCAUGUUAUGCGUAAUAAGAGAUACAACAUACUUCAAUUAAUUAUACACGGGAAAAUCCAGGGCAAGAGAAGUGUAGGAAGAAGAAUCUCAUGGUUGUGUAACUUGAGGGAAUAGUACGGAUGCACAUCAACCGAACUAUUCAGAGCAAUCAAGAUCAGCAGCAUCUAAGAUCAGAAUAGCCGUGAUGAUUGCCAACAUCUGUCGCGGAGAUGGCACGUAAAGAAGAAGUAAUUAGACAAACUUUUUUGUCGUCCUUGGAAACAAAAUUUUCCUAAUUUAAUUUUAUCUGCCCAAAAUUUUUAAGUAGAAAAUAUUAAAAUGGUAUUUUCAGUAUUUUUGAGGUGCUUUAGCUAAAAACUGUUAAUUUGAUUUCUUGAAAUUAACUUUAAAUUAAAAAUCUGGUUCCUUUGCCUUAUCUGAUACGUCCUUUCGUGAGUUCAAAAAUUUUCUUUUUCCCUUAUUCAUUCAUUGCAUAUAGUCCAACAAUUAUUGUUGGUUCCAAAUAUGUUCAUCCUAAUUUUCAUGUUUUCUUCAUUUAUUUGCUGUCUUGUAUGCGUUUUCUACAUUUAUUUUUUAUUAAUUUUGAUACUCAUUAGGUGAAUGAUUGUCAUUGGUGAUUGGAUAGAUUGAACAAAUCGUCGGGGUUGCUCAUUUUGGAAUAUCAUUGCAUGCGUUGUCAUUUUUAUUUUGAAUAUUCAUUCAUUCAACUUUUCCAUUUAAUGAGCAAUUGUAUUGUUUCAUUCUGUUUAAUUUUCUUUUGUGUAUUCUUAAAUUUGGUUAUAUUUUUUUCAGUUGAUUAAAUGAAAUCGCUUUAAGUGCCACAGUGAGUAAAACUAAUUUAAUUACAAUGCAAUUGUAACGCAAUGUGUUUCUUAUUCAACCUUUUAACGGAAACGCUUUAUGAAACUUUGUUUGAAGUUGAAUUUUGAACUAAAAUAAACGUGACAAUGUGUGAUCCAUAAUUUGGAGUGAUUUGUAGUUUUGUCUAAUGCAUCGAUGUUGUUGGCUUCUGUUGGCUUUUCCUGUUUUGGUGUUGGUAUUUGCUAUCUUUUUCUUUGAGGUUUCUUAAUUUGUACGAUUUCGCCCGGGCUUAAAGCAAGUGUUUACUAUUUUUCUAACAAAAAACCGACAGUAAUAUACUUUUAAAAAAAUGGUUUUACUUGUGAUGUUUCCGGGUACCGGCAUUAAUAUUUUACCUAUUGGCGAGGAACCGCAAAGUGGACGACGCCUGGUGGCGAAUUUGAAAAGCAUUAACUCUAGGAAAACAUUAACUUUGUCAUUAAUUUGUGUACAUAUUUGCGGUCAGUUUAUGUUGUAAUUAACAAUGAUUUCGACUUAAAAAAACUAUUGCAGUGUUCCUCAGUAUUCAUUCCUAUUAUACUCUACGUAAUGACGGAAACUAACCAAUGCCAAAUCACACAUUUUGUUAAUUUAACGUUUGUAUUAAACGUAGUAUUUUUAAUGUUUAAGCGACUGCAAAAGUAAAUAAAUAAAUAAAAUGUAGUAUUUAUUCUGUACAUAGAAUGUACAUUGUUAUGCAAAAUAUUCCGACCACCUCAUAAUUUACAGAACACAAUUAUUAUAAAAUAAAUUCACCUACAUAGUUUCCAGUUUUUAUUUAAUUAAAAAUUGUUAUAUGUUGGUGUAAAAUAAAUUGUAGUGUACCUAUUAACUAAAUUAAAAACAAAAUUAGAAAUUCUAAGAUAUAUUAAUAAUUUUUAAAACGCUGUGUGAUUAUCGGGGGGCCAGAUAUUUUUAUGAAAAGUAGGUAAAAACAAAUCAGUAGUUAACAUCAAAUUUUAAUGAAUGCAUACAGAUGAAACAUAAUUUUGAGUCGUCUUUAACCUAUAAGAUGUCUUAGUGGCAAAACUUAGUGGUUACUUUGGCAAGACACUCGUGUAAAUGAUUUUAAUUUAACGUUUUAGAACUGUGAGGUCAAAUGACAAAAUUAAUUCGUUUUCCUAGAGUUAUCGUCCAUCUUUGAAAUUUUGAGCGCCCUCUGUCGGAAUUUAAUGUUGCGAAUAAAUCCAUUCGCUGCCGAUCACGCGCCAGCGCGUGAUGUGGUUACUUCAGUCAGGUGCCGUUCAUGCGCCAGCGAGUGAUAAAGUUAUUUCAGUUAGGUGUUGUUCAACAAAAUAGCGCCUAUCCGAGUCCAUCCUCUUCGAUCUGCAGCGAAUGGGUUAAGUAGUUCAUACUAAUAAUGUAUUGUCGUAACUACUAAUCAGAAUCACCGUAAAUGUUUAAUAUAGACAUAUAUUUUAAAUCAUGUAAUUGCUUUUUUCAAUUUCAACGAAUAUAAUGACACUGACAUUACAAAAAUUCGCCAAAAUUGUCAUAUUUCGCCGCUACGGACGCUGACAGUUUCGUGUAUCCCCACCAUGGUCACGCACGGAGCGAAUACCACGUGUGGUGAUGGGUAUUUUGAAAUGACAAGAUCUAUGACAAGUCUAGGCUUUUAGGUUUUAAGUUCGACAUUUUUAGAAAAUAUUAUUAGCAUUACAUUUAUCUUUAUUAAAACGGGUAGAUUUAGUUUAAAUGGAGAUAUCGUUAGUAGGUACAGGUAAUUUCAGUAGUAUAUUUACAAAUUUUAUGCAAACCGUUAUGAACACAAAAAUCCGUUAGUAAUGAGAAGUAGGUACAUCAGAAGCUAAUUUUACACUAAAGAUAUCAACUAAUUUUAGUACAAUUGUCCUGAUACGUACGAGACAUCCUUGGUUUAAUAACCGUCUCCAGUGGAUAGAGGUGUUAGAAUAUUUCACAAGCUCUGUGUACUAGCGAAAGUAGAGUCUGUUUUGUAUUUCCUUAGAGAACCUGACGUUUCUCGCAGGAGGUUAGCUUCCACCAUUUUGCAGGUUAUGCUUCUCCCCAUAUUGCUACUGCUAGCUCGUGGUCAGUUGUCAAUAUUAUUAAAUUGUGUUAUACUGCCGAGGCAUGAAAUUAGUAUCAUCCUGUAAAUUGAAUAUAUUUUAGAAAUUAUUAUUCUUUUGUAACUAUUUUCCGUAAGACAGAAUCUAGAUUUAUUAGAAAGCAAUACACGAGUCCAAUCCUGUAUUGUCCAAGCCAAGUGUUCUCGUGCAAAAUGCAAUCUAACAGUUCAGUGUUCACGAGAAAGCGACUGUCCAGUUACCCUAGUUCGAGAAGAUAAACCAGCAGCAUGUCGUGUCGUAACUGUCCAUUCACUGACGUUUACAUUUCUCACUUCUUGCAGAUGAUUUCGAAAAACGAAGGGCAGUUUCCCUGUGACAAAGCUGUCAUCUCUAGCUGUUGUAAUACUGACUCCACCUGAAUUAGGUCUCGUUGCACUCUCGAGAGACUUACAACAACGUUUCUCGCAGUUUCGCGUUGGCCGUGGCCAUCUUCUAACGCCGCCACAACAGGGCCCAGAGCACGCCAAAUAGAAUUCUAUUUUGCUGACGUCACAAAAUAGAAUUUCAUAAUGGGAGAACCGACGGUUGCUAGGCAACGUGACGUCACUAAAAUAGAAUUCUAUUUGGCGUGCUCCCACAGCAGAACUUAUGCUCAUUACGAUAACCUGACAGUGAGAACACUACACUAAAGCGAGCUCUACACUCUCGCGAAGCUCUUCGACGCAGUACCAGGGAUAGUUGUCCGAGUGCAUCUCUACACACUUGUUCAAAUUCCAGAAACACGUUCGCGCCGGGAGAAAGUAACUUCUAGUCUUUUUACCCGGUCGCAAAACCGAUACAGAAUGGAAGUAGCCCGAGGCGAAGCGAAGUCGCAUGAAGUACCUGUCAACACUCUCGUGCUCGCUGAACUUCGAUCAACUUCGCGACUAGUAUAGUAACGCUUAUCGAAACAGCAACAAUUGUUUUCAAGUAAUCCAUUAGUAAACUAUAUUACAACCGAAAAUACUUUAAAAAAGAAUAUAGCCCAGUAAAUGAACGGGAAAUUCGGCGAUACCGUGUAAUUUUCAGGGGCAACUCCGAAUUGCAUGAAAAUUUAGAUUUAGGUUCUACUUACCCUCCACUUCAAAGUUGAAAUUGUGCCGUUGGUUGCUUUUUCUCGGGGGUGAAAAAACAUACGUUCAAAAUAAGACCGGAAAUGGAUAAUUGACUGAUUUUAAGCAACUUUUGUUCUAUAGAGUUUUUUACGUAAGUCAAUACUUUUCGAGUUAUUUGCCAUUGAAAAUGUUGAUUUUUGGUCAAAAAAAACUACGUUUUCAGACGGUUUUUCGCAAAUAACUCUUCUUUCUUUCUUUCUCAUAAUCCUUAGUGCCCUUCAGGGCGUCGGAUGUCGGGUUCCGCCUUUUAUCCACUUCUUCCAAUUGCUUCUAUUGGUGGCCAGUUUCUUCAUAUCCCUCAUACUGAUGUGUCUCCUUUCACCUAUAUCUUGGAUCUGGUCCAUCCAUGUCUUCCUCGGCCUUCCCUUUUUUCUUUUGUUUCCCAUUUUGGCUUCAUGUACCUUCUUUGUAAGUCUAUUUUGCUCCAUUCGUUGUAUGUGUCCAAACCAGCUUAAUUGUUUGUUUUCGAUCUUCCUAAUUAUCGGUUCUUGUUCCAACUCUCUUCUUAUAUCUUCAUUUCUGAAUCUGUCAAACUUCGUAACUCCGGCUAUUUUUCUCAUGUAUUUCAUCUCCGUCGCGUUUAUCAUUGAUUCAUGUUUCUUUUGGACAAUCCAUGUUUCCGCCCCAUAUGUCAUUAUCGGAUUUACUAUGCUGUUAUAUACUCUGAGUUUAGUUUUGUUGCUUAUUUCUGACUUUCCAAAAAUUGUAUUAUUUAAAGAGUAAUACACGCUAGUUGCCUUCUUCAGUUUAUUACUUAUUGCCAAGUCCGUUUUCCCAUCAUCUGUUAUUAUAUUUCCCAGAUAUUCAAAAGUAGAUACAUGUUCUAUUACUUUUUCCCUUACUAUUAUAUUAGUAUUCCUUUCUCUUUUCUCAUCUUCAUUUAUCGCAAAUAACUCAAAUAGUAAAUAUUGUAUCGAAAAAAAUAUCCUUAACAAAAGUGUAGCUUAUAAAAAACCCAAAAAAAUGGUGUAUCAGUAAAGUCUAUCAAUCAAAUAAAAACAAAGUUGUAGCUCAUGAAAAAUACGUUCUUAUUCAUCUAAUUCCAAAUCGAAUAUUUCAAAGUGAAAUCACCGAAAAAUUACGCACUUUUCAGGAAAACCCCAUUGAAACUUUUUUAAAGUGUUUAUAAAAAGCUUUGUUUUAAUUGUUAACAAAAGUUUUAGCAUUAAAAAUAAACGAGUUACGCUCAAAAUAAAGUUGGCCCUCUUUUUUUUUUGUAAAAAAUCAUGAAAAUUUAGCCGUGUUUAGCUCCCCAAAUGAAAUUAAUCGCUACCGCUUUACAAACAAUUUACUUACCUAUCUAUUUUUUAUAUGAUCUGUCAGUCUCACCGGUUUAAAGUGUUUAUUUUUGAAAGGGUUAUAAUUGAGAAAGCUUGAAUGGGUCACUAAUCACGAGUGUAUGCAAAUUUUGAACAGCCAUCUCUUAACCAAUUUUUGUCUUACGGAGAAACAAAAUGAAACUAGCAUAUUUAUAAUAGCAAAACCUACAUAUUUUUACUCUUUAAGAUUUUCAUUAUCACUAAUACUUUUUAAGUUAUUUUGAAAAAAUGAAAUUUUUAGAAAAUGUUUUUUUACUAUAAAACCAAAUGUUUUUAAAAAUAAGCAUUUCAAACCAAUCAAACUUACAGAUCAUAUAAACAAUACACAUACAGUUAAAAUAGAUGGUAAAGCCAAACGAUUAAUUUCAUUUAGGGUGCUAAAUAGAGGGAGGUUUUCACGAUUUUUUUUUACCAAAAACUUUUGUAAAAAACAAAUAAUAAGCUUUUUUUCGAUACUUUAAAAAUAUUAAUAAGGUUUUCCCGAAAAACGCUUCUUUCUUCGGUGAUUUCGCGUUGAAUUAUUCGAUUUGGAAUUAUACGAAUAAGAACGUAUUUUUCAUGAGCUACAACUUUGCUUCUACUCAAUUUGUAGACUUUACUGGUACACCAUUUUUUUCGUUUUUUUUAUAUGCUACACUUUUGCUAAAAUUAUUUUUUUUUCGGUAAAAUAUUUACUUUUUGAGUUAUUUGGGAAAAACGGUCUGAAAACGUAGUUUUUUUGUCGAAAAAUCAACAUUUUAAAUCGCGAAUAACUCGAAAAGUAUUGACUUACGUAAAAAACUUUAUAGAACAAAAGGUGCUUAAAAUAAGUCAAUUUAUCCAUUCCCGGCCUUAUUUUAAACGCGCGUUUUUCACCCCCUGGGAAGGGGUAAAUGUCACCCCCCAAGUAAAAGCAACCAACGGCACAAAUUCAACUUUGAAGUGCAGGGUAAGUAGAACCUAAAUCCAAAUUUUCAUGCAAUUCGGAGUUGCCCCUGGAAAUUACACUCCAAAACGGUCAUUUAUUGGGCUAAUAAUGUGAGGGAGAAUUAUACUUUAUUGAUACUGUGUACCAAAAGGCCAUCGACCGAAGUCUUUCAGCCAGAAAAAAAAAGAAUAAUAAUUUCUCAAAAAAUUCAAAUUACGGGUUGACCCUAAUUUUUAUGUUCGGCAUUGUAUAUUUUUAAUGUUAUUGAUGACACCGUGUUUUCUUCUUAUUGUCGUUGUGGCUUAUGUCUUCUUACUAACGGACUGUACUUUUAAAAAUAUACAUGAUUAAACACGGUAGCCGCUUCAAUGAUCUUAAAAUCAUGUUUAAGUAUAAAAAAUUGCCAUUUUUAGCAUGCCACUUUUUUCUAUCUGAAUUAUCAAAAAUGACACCACACACAUCUUGUGAAAAAUGUAAUGUAACUCAAAUACAUACCAUAAAUUACGUGAAUAGAUUGGUCUCUAAAUUACAAUAAUUUCAUAUCAUUGCGCCAACUCUGAAUUUUGAUUCAUAACGGCGUGAAUUGAUAUAAAUAAAUCUAAAAUCAAAUGGGUAUGUACCUAAGAUAAAGAGAGCAAAGAGAUUUUGUGGAAAGACAUUUCAUAAAUCUUUCUGCAGGUAUUAAGAUCUCUUAUCUUAUAGAUGAUAAAUGACAAUGCUCUUCCAGUGACGCACCGCUAAAUAAGGGUCAACCUCACAUGCAAUGUGAUUUCCAUAAACUUUAAUUACAAUUUACGCCCUUAUUAACCAAAAUUCAGAGUUGGCGCAGUAAUAUGAAAUGAUUGCAAUUUCGAGACGAAUCUAUUCAUAUAAAUUUUGUUGUAUUUGAGUGACAUUCAAUUUUCUAUAAGAUGUGUGCUGGUGUCCUUUAUCGUGUAUACAAAAAAAUAAAGAAACGUCCCAUGAGGUGUUUAUUUACACAAUAAACCUUUCUUUCAACUGUCGAAUCCCUUAAAGAGGGCAAAAACAAAUACUUUUAAAUAAAAUAAACAAAAAAAUAGACUGAACGAGUGCUAUGACUCCUUUUAUAUCUUGGCAGUAUUGUGCAAGAUUUAUUUUGUAUAUUCUAUAAUGUAACAGGUGAUCACAAAAUGUUUUUGGUAGCACUGGCAACUUUAUCUAUUAAUUGUUUUUGUUAUAGUCCGGGAGAUAGCGUUAACAAUGAUAAUGCCGUAUCAUCUCACUUCAUUACAAGCGAAAAUACUUUAUUCCGAUCAACUAGUUUACUAGUUAACACCAGGUGCUUCACCAGUGGUUCAGGUAAUAGUGAACAAAUACGGAACAAAAAUAUGGUCCGAAAUUUAUUUGUAAUCCUAUCCAAAAUUUGAAUGAUACUUUUAUAAUAGCGAGACACCAUUAAGAUAUGGUAAAAUAGGGAAAACUUAUAUUAGUUACUUGACUCUAUUAUCCUUUAUCUGUCUUUAUAUUCAUAUUAAUCUAUUGCUCUCAUCUACUGUCUAACCUACUGCUCUCUAGACAUCUACACUUCUCUAUUAUGGGUUAAUUAAUAUUUUUCUCUAUUUAACCAGCUGCCAUUAUUGUCCUGAUUAUAAAUGUUUUGUCAGGACUUAAAUAAAUGCUCCCUAUGCUACACAACAUUAAUAGUCUGGGAUAUAGCGUCUAAUUUGACCGGAGCAUUUUGGCAUGGCUGUUUUUUAUAUCGGCAGUAGUUCCAAAGCUUAUUAACAAAUGAUGUGUCAGCUGGCCCAAAACUGGGACAUAAAAUGAAAAAACACCAGGAAAAUUAAUCAUAAAAAUAAUUACACUUUUAUAAAAACUAUUAUUUUUCAAAUCAUCUAUCAUUUAUGGUAUCUUUGGAUGGUGAAAAGAUUGUGAAAAGCAAUAGUUUUAAGUACCUAGGAUGGAUGAGGUGGAAAGAAGCGAGUGGUGUGUUGUGUGACAGAAAAAUUCCAUUGAAGCUGAAGGGAAAAUUCUAUAAAACAGCCAUAAGACCGGCUAUGAUGUACGGAACUGAAUGUUAAGCAGUGAAAAAGAAAGAGGAACAACGGAUGCAUGUGGCGGAAAUGAGAAUGCUUAGAUGGAUGAGUGGAGUGACAAAGAAGGAUAAAAUUAGAAAUGAGUAUAUUAGGGGAAGUCUAGGUGUUGCACCAAUUGAUGCCAAAAUGAGAGAGCAUAGGUUAAGAUGGUUUGGUCAUGUUCAACGUCGAGACGUUAAUCACCCAAUACGAAGAAUAGCUGAAGUGCAGAUUCCUGGAAGGAGUAGGAGAGGAAGACCAAAGAAGACCUGGGGGGAGACGAUAAGGCAGGACAUGUUGGAAAAGGGGAUUGACAUUGAUAUGACCCAAGAUAGAAUUGUGUGGAGAAAUGCAAUUAGGGAAGCCGACCCCGCAUAGGGAUAAUGCAAAGAGAAUGAUGAUGACUAUUAUUUUUCAAAUCAAAAGACAAUUUUAAAAAUAAAAAGUAUUUCCGACGUCGAGAAUAAAACCCGAGCCUCCUGAGUCUAAACCAGGUAUCCUAGCUAUUAAACCAUAUGGAUGUGAGGCAUGAAGAUAAAUAUUUGACAUAAAAGUUCUAGGGUUUUUUCCAUCUACUUUCAUAUUAUGUUUUCUUGCCUAAAAGACCCGGAGUCACGUCAGCUGACAUUUUCGUUAUCAAACAAGUACUAACCAUUAAAUAAUUUCAUAGAAUCCGUGCCAAAAUCACCGUAAAAAUUUGAGACUACCUACCAGACUAUAAUGUUUGUGUGACUAGUUGGUAACUACAUAGCUAUAGUGCAGCGGUUCUCAAUCUUUUUGAAUCAUGUACCACCAAAUACUUUUUAUUAUUUUUGGUACCACCUAAUUGAAAUACCUAUCUAGCUAUAGUAUUUUUACUACAAAAGCGAUAUUACGUAGGUCAAAAUUUUUGACGUAAGAAAACUGUCAAAACAUUAGAAUGUGACUUUUCAUUAUUGCCAUGUUUAUUAUAAACAUGGCAAUAAUGAAAAGUCACAUUCUAAUGUUUUGACAGUUCUCUUACGUCAAAAAUUUUGACCUACGUAAUAUCGCUUUUGUAGUAAAAAUACUAUAGGUGAUCUAAUUAACUAUAAUAGUGGUGUUUAUUUUGGCUGUUUUGCGUUUUGUGUACCACCUCAAAUAAUGAAAUGUACCACCAGUAGUACAUGUACCACAGAUUGAGAACCCCUGCUAUAGUGCAUUUCAAGAUAUACAGGGUGUUUGGUAGGUCGAUGGAAAUUUUUUAAGGGAUAAUAGGGGACGCCAUUUGCAACAUUUUUUGCUAAUAAUGUAUCGCUCAAACUGUUAAGGUUUCCGAAAUAAAGUUAAAUUUGUCAAUAUUCGACAACCGUCUAUUUCACGUUUAAAAAUUAUCUAGGCGUACUACCUCCCUGUUUUACGAAUGGAAUAAAAGUGUAAACCUACAACACUGACUCUUCGCAUACAAUUUCCAUCAGCUAUCGUCAUUCUCCGAACGCAUAACAAACAAAAAACAAUCUACCUGCUAUGCUAGGCUCGGAAACCUUAACAGUUUGAGCGAUACAUUUUAGCAAAAAAUGUUGCACAUGGCGUCCCCUAUUAUCCCUUAAAAAAUUUCCAUCGACCUACCAAACACCCUGUAUAUUCUAUUUAUGGUUUUGCCUUUUAAAUCUUUUUACAAAUAAAAUCGUGACGAUUUCUAAUGUUUCAAGUGUUUUAUGGUUAUAAAAAGAGCUGUUAGGUCAAAUCUAUAUAAACACUAGGUUUUGAUCUUCACUUCUCAUAGUUUAUAUGAUUUUGUUUAUCUUGAUACCCUUUUUCCAUUUUUGUUCAAAUUUUGGAUUGUAUUGAAAUGACUUUUGAAUUAUUUUUCGGUCUUGUUGUGGGUUUCUCCAUUAUUAACUGCACCACAAUUCAGAUAUCGUAUAUCAGUCAUAUUUUAUCCAUUGCAGAGAAAAAUGAAGUGAGAUGAAAUCAUUAGCACAAAUGCAAUGUUACCUAUCAGACUAUUAUUAAAGAAAAAGAAACAUAUCAGUAAUUUCAUGUUAUUUAUGUGGAUUAAAUGUUUUUAAUAUUUAUUUUUGGUUAAAUACAUAAGUAAAGCAUG